CCUCCACCGCUCUCACUAGUCGAACGGUGCCCGACCGGUAACGUAGCGCCGACCUGCAAGACGAACCAGCGACCAUGUCUGCCAUGGCGAAGACCUCCAAGUACACGUACCGCAGCAGCGGCGGCGGCACCACCGACGUCAACAUCGAGUACAGCGCCGACCUGAGUGCUCUCUCCAGGCUGGAGGACAAAAUCCGUCUCCUCCAAGAUGAUCUGGAAUCCGAAAGGGAGCUACGUCAGAGGAUCGAAAGAGAGAAAGCAGAUUUGAGCGUGCAAGUGAUUCAGUUGUCUGAGAGGCUUGAGGAGGCCGAGGGGGGUGCCGAAUCUCAGUUCGAGAUCAACAGAAAACGUGAUACCGAAUUGACUAAGCUCCGUAAGCUCUUGGAGGAUGUGCAUCUGGAAUCAGAGGAGACCGCACACCUGCUCAAGAAGAAGCACCAAGAAAUCGUUGCUGACUACCAAGAGCAAAUCGACAAACUCACCCACACCAAAGUCAGGGCCGAAAAAGAGAAGUCCAAGUUCCAAGCUGAAGUUUACGAGCUGUUGGCCCAAGUGGAAAACGUAAACAAGGAGAAGAUCACAAUUUCCAAAACUUGCGAAAGGUUGGAAAUCACCAUCAGCGAACUCCACAUUAAGAUCGAGGAGCUUAACCGCACAAUUGUCGAUAUCACAUCCCACAAACAACGCCUGUCCCAAGAAAACGUAGAGCUGGUCAAAGAAGUUCAGGACCUUAAGGUGAACAUCGAAAACGUAAUAUAUCUCAAGAGCCAGCUUGUAGGCCAGCUCGAAGAUGCGCGCCGCAGGCUCGAAGAUGAUGAAAGGAGACGCUCUCUGCUUGAAGCGAACUUACACCAGGUGGAAAUUGAUUUAGAAUCUGUCCGUGUGCAACUCGAAGAGGAAUCCGAGGCACGUUUGGAUCUCGAACGUCAACUGGUCAAGUCCAAUGGUGAGCUCCAGCACUGGCGUUCCAAGUUCGAGGCAGAGGCUGCCGCCAGGGCCGAGGAGAUCGAAGAAAUCCGCCGCAAAUACUCUGCUCGCAUCCAGGAACAAGAAGAACAAAUCGAGACCCUCAUCGUCAAGAUCAACAAUGUUGAGAAGCAGAAGUCACGUCUGCAGAGCGAGGUUGAAGUCUUGAUCAUCGAUUUGGAGAAGGCCAACGGAACUGCUCGGGAGCUCCAGAAGAGGACCGAGCAACUGGAACGCGUCAACAUCGAGAUCAAGUCCCGACUUGAGGAGACGGUGCAACUUUACGAGCAGAGCCAACGCGACCUCCGCAACAAACAAACUGAAAUCCAACGAAUCUCUCAUGAGCUCGAUAAGACCCGCGAACAAAAGGAUGCCCUUGGCCGCGAAAACAAGAAGCUGGGUGAUGAGUUGCACGACGCUCGCGGAAACAUCACGGAGUUGACCCGCCGUCUUCACGAGCUCGAGAUCGAGCUGCGCCGUCUUGAGAACGAGCGAGAAGAACUCACCGCUGCCUACAAAGAAGCAGAAGCUGGUCGCAAAGCUGAGGAACAACGCUCCCAACGCCUGACUGCUGAGCUCGGUCAGUUCCGCCACGAAGCUGAACGCCGCCUGCAAGAGAAGGACGAAGAAAUUGAAUCUAUUCGCAAGCAAACUAGCAUCGAAAUCGAGCAGCUGAAUGCUCGUGUUGUAGAAGCUGAGACCAAGCUGAAGACCGAAGUUACCCGCAUCAAGAAGAAGCUGCAGAUCCAGAUCACCGAACUGGAACUGUCUUUGGAUGUCGCUAACAAGACCAACAUUGAUCUCCAGAAGACAAUCAAGAAACAAUCCCUGCAGCUGACAGAGAUCCAGGCUCACUACGAUGAAGUCCAAAGGCAACUGCAAGUGACCCUCGACCAAUACGGUGUUGCUCAACGUAGAAUUCAGUCUCUUACUGGUGAGGUUGAAGAGAUCCGUGGCAACUACGAACAGGCCCUCCGUGCUAAGCGCACUGUUGAGCAAUCCUUCGAGGAGGCACAGACCCGCAUCAACGAAUUGACUGUCAUCAACGUGAACCUGUCUAGCAGCAAAGCCAAGAUUGAGCAGGAACUAGCUGCCGUUGCUGCCGACUAUGAUGAAAUCACAAAGGAACUCCGUAUUGCCGACGAGAGAUACCAACGUGUCCAGACUGAACUAAAACACACCGUUGAGCACCUGCAUGAGGAACAGGAGAGGAUCGUUAAGAUUGAAGCUAUCAAGAAGUCUCUUGAAAUCGAAGUUAAGAACAUUUCCGUACGUUUGGAGGAAGUUGAAGCCAAUGCCAUCGUUGGAGGCAAGCGCAUCAUCAGCAAACUCGAGGCUCGCAUCAAGGACAUGGAACUUGAACUCGAUGAGGAGAAGAGAAGGCACGCUGAAACCAUCAAGAUCCUCCGUAAAAAGGAACGCCAGGUCAAGGAGAUCCUCAUCCAAUGCGAAGAAGACCAGAAGAACAUCGCUCUCCUUCAGGACUCGUUGGAGAAGACCACACAGAAGGUCAACAUCUACAAGAGGCAGCUAACAGAGCAAGAGGGUGUUUCCCAGCAGAGCGUAACCAGGGUGCGAAGAUUCCAACGCGAGUUGGAAGCCGCUGAGGACCGCGCCGACGCCGCCGAGAGCAAUCUGUCUCUGAUCCGCGCCAAGCACCGCACCUUCGUCACCACCUCCACCGUACCCGGUUCACAGGUCUACCUUGUGCAAGAAUCCCGCGCCUUAAGCACGGAGCGUCUCUGAGCGUCUAUAACCUAGCCCCUCAGUAACAGCAUUUCUUUCCACAACAAAUUCAGGGGCGCAUUUCCGGUCGGGUAUAAGCCUAGUCGUUUUUUAAGUGAUGUUUGAGUUCCGAUAGAUGGCGGUAGUGAAUACGUCAUGCUACUAGCGCCGUCUAGGUGUUUUUAUCUGGGUUUAGGGGUCGGGACGGACGCUCUACGGUGCGGCUCGCCCUAAUGUUGCCGUGUCUCCACAGUGCCAUAGCCGAAAGUCGACCGCUCGUCCCAUAUUUUAUAUCUGUAAUACAUUAAUCACACAAUUAAAGGAAACAAAAUCUGAAA